AUGGGGCCCAGAGCCCCUCGUGGGACAGCCGCGUUGGUGCUGCUGCUGCCCCUGCUGCUGCUUGUCCUGCCGAAACAGCAACUCCAGCAGCACCAGCAGCACCAGCAAAAUCACCAUGGGUUCCCAGGCCUCUUGGGGGCGGCUGCCAUGGGCAGACGGGCAGGAACUCCUGCCUCUUUAGGGGCCCCUGGGGCCUCUGCAGCAGCAGCGCGCAAGCGCCCGCAGCAGCAGCAGCAGCACGUGUCGCUGUCGAGCCCCACCCUAGCCCCAUCUACUGUCUUGCAGAGGCAGCAGCAGCUCCAACAGCAGCAGCAAGAAAAUGGGCAGCGGCUGCAUCAGCGGCAGCAAGUCAGGGUGUCCUCUAUUGAAGCGAUCUCAUCAGAGGAUGGUGGCUGGCGGCUUCAGCUGUACGUACACUCCACCCACCCGCUGCCCUUAGAUACCGUUCUAGCUGCUCACCACAUGGAGCAACAGCAGCAGCAGCACCAGCAGCAGCAGCAGGAAAGUGCAUGUGCAGGUGCUCCCAUCGCCGUGUCAGCGCCCGCAGGCAACCCAGUAUAUUCAAAGCAGCAGCAGCGGCAACUGCAGCAGCAGGCGCAGCAGCAGCAGCACCAUAAGCGUGGAGGUUUCUUCCGUUACUACUUUACGCUAGCAGGACGGCCAGAUGCAACAGCAGCAGCAGCAGCACAACUACUUGAUUCUGUGCAGGAUUUGGCGGAUGCUGCUUCUCAGCAUAUCCCAAGACAGUUCUUGUUUGGAGGAGGGCCAGCAGCUCCUCUCUCAAUGCUGCUGCUGCAACACGCCCAUGAACUCCCUCCAGAGGUGGCAAGAGCAGCAGCAGCAGGUGCUGCUGCUGCAGGGGGCUUGCCAUCCCUUUUGGCAACAGCAGCUGCUCGUCGCUACACACACAGCCGCACGCGGCUGAGGCCCCUCUGCAGGCGCAGCGGUAGCUGCAGGGGGCCCUCUGUGGGUCGAGCGUUACCUGAAGCCGUCUUAGCCAGUGAUCUUGCAGCAGCAGCAGCAGCAGCAGCAGCAGUUGCUGGGGACGAAAGUGCUGAGAAGCCGCAGCGGCUGCAUGCAGCGCUCUGUCUGCACUUUGGGGCUGAAGGGAUGCCCCCACUGGAGGUCGCGCAGGUGUCCGUCAGAGAACCCACCGCCCAGGCGCAGCAGGGACAGCAACAGCAGCAGCAGCAGCAGCACCUGCAGCAGCAGCAAGGGCAGGACGCUCAGGUAGAUAACGAAAGGCAAUACCUGGAGAAGACGGAGCAAAUGCGGUUGGCUGGGCCGCCGCUGCACCGUGAAUCCUACAGCGCCGCCCUCCUGGAGCAGCAGCAAACGCAGCAGCAGCAGCAGCAGCAGCAGUCCCUCGAGGAAGGACCCUUCUUGAAAGGCCUUCUGGAUGCCUUAAGUGAAUCUUUCAGGUCAUUUGCCGAUGCUGGGGAGGCAGCAGCCGCAGCAGCAGCAGAAGCUAACCCGCUGCUGCUGCUAGGAGCUGCCGGCUGCUGUGCCUCUGCGGGAGUCGCCUGGGCCAUGAGCCGCAGCGCUCGAGACAGCAGCAGCAAAUGCAUCGGGCCCUGCUGCGAUGGGGUGUAUCAGGGAACCAUUACUCACGGCAGAAGGGAACCGUCAGCGGCUCUUUCAGCACGUCAGGACGCAGCAGCAGCAGCAGCAAGCGGGCUAGCUGCUGCUGACCGCGUUGCAGCUGCCGUUACGUCAGCGCAGCAGCUGUGGCACUCGAAGCCCUCGCAGCAGCAGCAGAAGGCGCGCAAACCCCGGAGAAGGGGAGCAGCAGCAGCUGCUGCUGCCGCAGCGGCUGCGGCGGCCGGAGGCAGGGAUAUUGUUCCCAGUCAAGUGGUGUACGACAGCGUGUGGCUUCCAGCAGAGAGUGGCUGGUAA